AUCUACUGAACUUCUCAAUCGAAGUGGGAAGUCUAGCUUCAUAUUUGUAAACAGUCAGUGCGACACGAGAGGACUCUAUUAGUCUAUUCGUUUCUUGUUUCACUAGUGCUUCAAGUUGUACUUGGCACGUCAGCACGCACAACGGCUGCAACUAUAGUGUGGUCUCCCUAGUGGACCAGCAGGACAACCGUCUGGUUUGAGUCGAGUAGGGGACAUCUCUAGGGUCUUCAAGUGGGCACCUCGUCGACUUGCCCACGACACCUCAAGAUGGCUUGACAGUGACUCUGGCGUCCCAGAGUCACCCCCCUCCGUCCCCCACUUAACUCAGCCCAGCUUACUGACCUUUACAUCCAACCCGCUGCUGAGACCUAACCACUAAGGCUAAGGCUGUUGAGCCCCACUGUCUUUGUUAAAUCUGUGUCCCAGCAUGGCUGAAACUAAAGGGAAGUUUGAUUUUGCGAUUGAUCGGGGAGGAACCUUUACAGAUGUGUUCGCCCGUUUGCCCGAUGGUAGAGAGAGAGUCCUAAAACUGCUGUCACACGACCCCCAGAACUACAAAGACGCCCCGACUGAAGGGAUUCGGCGAGUGCUGCAAGAGGAAACUGGGCAGAGCUUUGCUCGAGAUCAGCCCUUGGACACUUCUCAGAUUGGCUGGAUUCGGAUGGGCACCACAGUGGCGACUAAUGCCUUACUAGAGCGACAGGGUGAGAGAACAGCACUACUGGUGACGCGUGGUUUUCGGGACCUUCUACAUAUCGGCACGCAAGCGCGACCUGACCUGUUUGAUCUAGAGGUGUGUAUGCCGGAUGUGCUGUACGAGGAGGUGAUUGAAGUGGAAGAGAGGGUUAUUCUCAGACAAGAUUCCUGUCAGCUUCCCAGAAACGAGCCCAAACGAAUAGUAACAGGCAGUACUGGAGAAAGUCUUGAGGUGUGGCAUGAGUUGGAUCUUCAACGUGUUGAGCAGGAUUUGAGACGUGUGCAAUCCAAAGGCAUCAGAAGUCUGGCGGUGCUGCUGCUGCAUUCUUACACAUGGGCGGCUCAUGAGAAGGCUGUGGGGUCUUUGGCGAAGCGUCUUGGUUUCACUCAGGUGUCUCUUUCCAGUGAGGUUAUGCCUAUGGUGCGAGCAGUGCCUCGUGGGUACACUGUUUGUGCUGACGCCUACCUCACACCAAAAAUACACCUUUACCUCACUGAAUUCACUGCAGGCUUUAAAGGAGGCUUGAAGGGUGUGGAUGUGUUGUUCAUGCAGUCAGAUGGUGGGCUGACACCUAUGGAGCAGUUUUGUGGCUCUCGGGCAGUUCUCUCUGGUCCUGCUGGAGGAGUUGUGGGCUAUGCUGUCACAUGUUAUGGGUUUACGGAAAAGAAGCCUGUCAUUGGUUUUGACAUGGGAGGCACAUCUACAGAUGUGAGCAGAUACGCUGGACAGUAUGAACAUGUGUUUGAAGCGACUGUCGCUGGCAUCACCCUGCAGGCACCACAGCUUGACAUCAGCACUGUAGCAGCAGGUGGAGGCUCUCGACUGUUCUUUCGGUCUGGGAUGUUUGUUGUUGGGCCAGAGUCUGCUGGUGCUCAUCCCGGACCGGCAUGCUAUAGGAAGGGUGGUCCUCUGACUGUCACUGAUGCAAAUCUAGCCCUUGGUCGCUUGCUGCCUUCUUUCUUCCCCAAAAUCUUUGGCCCUGGAGAAAAUGAGCCUCUCUCAACUGAGGAAACUAUGAAGCAUUUCCGCAAACUCACACAAGAAAUUAACCUAUUCCUUUCAACUAACAAAUCAUCUAGUAAUGCUUCUGGAAGACACCACACAGAAAUGAGUGUAGAGGAUGUUGCCAUGGGCUUCAUCAGUGUGGCCAAUGAGGCCAUGUGCCGGCCAAUCAGAGCGCUCACACAGGCUAAAGGACAUGAUACAUCUAAGCAUGUGCUGGCAUGUUUUGGAGGAGCCGGUGGUCAACAUGCUUGUGCCAUCGCAAGAGCCUUAGGCAUGAAGACUGUCUUCAUACACAAAUACAGCGGAGUGCUGUCAGCAUACGGUUUGGCUUUGGCUGAUGUGGUGGAGGAGGUUCAGGAACCGUGUUCUCUACAGUAUGAAGCCGGCUCAUACUCCAAGCUGGACCAGAGGAUAGAGGAACUCUCUCAACGCUGCGACCAAAUACUGAGCAAACGAGGCUUUAGCAGUUCUCAGAUCAGUAUGGAAGUGUUCCUGCACCUGCGUUAUGAGGGCACAGAUUGCGCGCUCAUGACCACGGCUGCAGGUCACCCCAGUAACGCCCACUCCUGUCGCGCGGGAGACUUUCGCACGGCCUUCACUAAACGAUAUCUGAAAGAAUUUGGCUUCACCAUCACAGAUCGGCCAAUCGUGGUGGAUGAUAUCCGUGUGCGUGGUUCUGGGAAGUCUGGAAUUAGGUCAAAAGUUCAGCCAAAAGCAGAGCAGAAACCUCUGAGUCCUAUUAAGAUGACCCAAUGUUACUUUGAGGAUCGUUAUCUGGACACCAGUGUGUAUCUGUGGGAGAAUCUUUCCUGUGAUCACAGCAUCCAAGGACCAGCCAUCAUUAUUGAUAAGAACAGCACGAUUCUCGUGGAGCCAGCGUGUGUGGCUCACCUGACAGAGGAUGGUGACGUGUGUAUUGAUGUCGGUAUGGGAACGCAGUGUGUCGUAGGAACUGAACUCAACACCAUCCAGUUGUCCAUCUUCUCCCAUCGCUUCAUGAGCAUCGCAGAGCAGAUGGGUCGUGUCCUGCAGAGAACCUCCAUAUCCACCAAUAUAAAGGAGCGUCUGGAUUUUUCCUGUGCUGUUUUUGGUCCAGAUGGAGGUUUGGUGUCUAAUGCUCCUCACAUCCCUGUUCAUCUAGGGGCCAUGCAGGAGACUGUACAGUUCCAGAUAAAGGCGUCAGGAGGCCGCAUGCAGGAGGGAGAUGUGAUUCUCAGUAACCAUCCGUGUGCGGGUGGCAGUCAUCUACCAGACCUCACUGUCAUCACUCCUGUGUUUCGUGAUGGCAUAAGUGCGCCGGUGUUCUUUGUGGCCAGUAGAGGGCAUCAUGCUGAUAUAGGGGGCAUCACUCCAGGCUCCAUGCCCCCCCACUCCACCUCUCUACAGCAGGAGGGCGCUGUCUUUACUUCCUUUAAACUGGUCUCGGGUGGAGUCUUUCAGGAGAAAGCUGUGACAGAAGCCCUCAUGGCACCUGCUCAAUACCCAGGAUGUUCUGGGACACGCAAUCUCCGUGACAACCUGUCGGACCUUCGAGCUCAGGUAGCAGCCAAUCAGAGGGGCUGUCAGCUUGUUGGGGAGAUAAUCACCAGCUACGGCCUGGAGGUCGUCCAGGCAUACAUGGGGUACAUUCAGAGUAACGCAGAGCUUGCAGUUCGUGACAUGCUGAAAGAUUUCGCCCGUCGGCGGCGACAGGAAACAGGCUCCCUUGAGGUUGAAGCAGAAGAUCAAAUGGACGAUGGGACCCCAAUCAGAUUGAAGGUCCAGAUCAAUGAACAACAGGGCAGCGCAGUGUUUGACUUCACCGGCACUGGGACAGAAGUGUGGGGCAACUGUAAUGCUCCUCGUGCCAUCACCCUCUCGGCCCUCAUAUACUGUCUGAGAUGCAUGGUGGGCCAGGACAUCCCCCUCAACCAGGGCUGUCUGGCCCCUGUUAAAGUCCUCAUCCCCCCCGGUUCAAUCCUGCAGCCGUCUGAGAAUGCUGCAGUAGUGGGUGGUAAUGUGCUGACUUCACAGAGAGUGGUGGACGUCAUCUUCAGAGCCUUCCAAGUGUGUGCGGCCUCACAGGGUUGCAUGAACAACGUGUCGUUCGGCUGUGAGAAAAGCGGUUACUAUGAGACGGUUGCCGGUGGUGCGGGGGCGGGGCCAAGCUGGAAUGGGCGUGGGGGCGUUCACACUCACAUGACCAACACUCGCAUCACUGACCCGGAGAUCCUGGAGAGCAGGUAUCCAGUGAUUCUUGAGCAGUUUUCUCUCCGGACCGGUUCUGGAGGGAAAGGUCUGAACCAUGGCGGUGACGGUGUGAUCCGGAAACUUCGAUUUCGUAGUCCAGUGGUUCUGUCAGUAUUGACGGAGAGGCGCUCUACACGACCCUACGGCCUACAUGGAGGUAAAAAUGGAGCACCAGGGCUGAAUUUGUUACAUAGAACGGACGGCAGAGUCUUAAAUUUAGGGGCCAAGAAUACCAUCAGCCUGGAUCCUGGGGACAUGUUCAGUCUGUUCACCCCUGGAGGAGGAGGAUAUGGAAGUGUGGAUGAACCGGAUGGAGACCAAACCAUUCCCUCUAAACGUCUUUGCUUGCAUAAGCCACAGGACACAGUUUAAGAAGACCUCAUCGAGUCAUGCAUUUUAGUGAACAAAGCAUUGGAACAUAGAAAACUAUUUUUUAAGAAAGCUAAAAUAAAGUCUAAUGCAACCUCUUA